AUGGUUGAGGUGGUGACCAAGUGUGGGGUCAACCAGGUGUGGGUCAACCAUGGUGAGGUGGUGACCAAGUGUGAGGUCAACCAGGUGUGGGUCAACCAUGGUGAGGUGGUGACCAAGUGUGAGGUCAACCGGGUGUGGGUCAACCAUGGUGAGGUGGUGACCAAGUGUGAGGUCAACCGGGUGUGGGUCAACCAUGGUGAGGUGGUGACCAAGUGUGGGGUCAACCAGGUGUGGGUCAACCAUGGUGAGGUGGUGACCAAGUGUGAGGUCAACCAGGUGUGGGUCAACCAUGGUGAGGUGGUGACCAAGUGUGAGGUCAACCGGGUGUGGGUCAACCAUGGUGAGGUGGUGACCAAGUGUGAGGUCAACCAGGUGUGGGUCAACCAUGGUGAGGUUGUGACCAAGUGUGGGGUCAACCAGGUGUGGGUCAACCAUGGUGAGGUGGUGACCAAGUGUGGGGUUAACCAGGUGUGGGUCAACCAUGGUGAGGUGGCGACCAAGUGUGAGGUCAACCAAGUGUGGGUCAACCAUGGUGAGGUGGUGACAAAGUGUGGGGUUAACCAGGUGUGGGUCAACCAUGGUGAGGUGGUGACCAAGUGUGGGGUUAACCAGGUGUGGGUCAACCAUGGUGAGGUGGUGACCAAGUGUGGGGUCAACCAGGUGUGGGUCAACCAUGGUGAGGUGGUGACCAAGUGUGGGGUUAACCAGGUGUGGGUCAACCACGGUGAGGUGGCGACCAAGUGUGAGGUCAACCAGGUGUGGGUCAACCAUGGUGAGGUGGUGACCAAGUGUGGGGUUAACCAGGUGUGGGUCAACCAUGGUGAGGUGGUGACCAAGUGUGGGGUUAACCAGGUGUGGGUCAACCAUGAUUCCCGGGGUAUUCUCAACUGCUCCAACGCCUCCUCCAGGAACAAGUCUUGUGAGAACCUGGUAAGCAGUGACGCUGAGAGCACGACAGGAGAGCGAGGCCUUGCUGGCGUGGGUGCUGGAGGCUGUGUGGACACUGCACUCAAGGAGCCUGAAGUUCUUACACCCCAGCAAAUUGAUGAACACUUGCACCGCCAUGAACAAGGUGUGGAGUACGCACUGCACCGAGCCAAGGUGUGGAGCAAGUACUCCAAGGACGUGAUGACGUACAUAGAGAAGAGGGCGCAGAUGGACCUGGAGCACGCCAGAAACCUGACUAAACUGGCCCACACCGUGCGACCAGCACUCAAAGAGGAGAGUUUCCUGCCGUUCCAGUCCAUCUACUGCACAGCACUGGACCAAGACAUUGAGAACAGCUCACAGCUCAGCCAGACCUGUACGCUUCUCCAGACACACAAAUUCAUAGAGCCUCUCACCACACGGAGGAACGAGCAUGAACGGUCGAGGAAGGCGAUUAAGGACGCGUGGCACAAGGAACUGAAGAGAGUCACGGAGGCUGUCUCUAAUCUCAAGAAGUCCAAGGUUAUCUACGUUCAGAGACAACAGGAGGUUAUCAAGGCCCGGGAGAUGGUGUCCCGCGCUGACAACACUGAAGCACUGGAGAAACUGGAAAGAAAACGAGAUGAGGCGCUCCAGAAGGCACGGGAGGCAGAGGUAUGGUACAAGGCGUGUGUGAGUGAAGCCAACGAGCGCCACGCCUCCUUACUCAGAGUGAAGCGUGAUGUCCUGGUGCAGGCGCGCGAGCUCAUCUUGCAGUGUGACCAGACCAUGAAGGCCGUCACUGUGGCUUAUUUCCAGCUACAGCACACUGUAGCAGCGCCGGCACCCGUUCAGCUGCAGACACUGUGUGAGAGUUCCCGUCUGUACGAGCCUGGGUCACAGUAUAUGGAGUUUGUGAAGCGUCUUGGUCCCUCUAUGGUACAGGAGCAGCCGGAGGCUCCUUUCACCUUCCAGCCGUAUACCCCCGGAGCCCAGGACCUGCCUCCCAACCACGACUCCACUGCUAAUGGCUCCAUGGCCUCCACCGACGACCUCCAAGCAGUGGGUCGACUACCAGGUCAGGGUGGAAGCGACACUGACAGUGUGGAUUCCUCCCACUCGGCCAAGAGUGCGGACGCCUCACCCACCCACUCACCCCGCACGCCCACACGCCGCACCCACACCAUCUCCUCGGGUGAUGAGCUGGAGACUGACCCAGAUAAUGUGGAACCCACGUACAGACGACAGGUGAUGAGCAAAGCUGCAGUCAGUCACACCUUCAGAAAACUGAAGACGCCCUCCAGGUGUCGUGAGUGUGACUCCUACGUCUACUUCCAUGGCUACGAAUGUGCUGAGUGUGGACUCGGGUGCCACAAGAAGUGCCUGGAGACGCUAGCUAUCCAGUGUGGACACAAGCGGCUGCCCCGUAAAAUGACGACCUUCGGUGUGGAUCUCGCCCAGCACCUCAGCGAGACCAACACUUCGAUUCCCCAUCUCGUGGUCAAGUGCGUGGCAGAAAUAGACACCAGAGGGAGCAAGAUUAAGGGCAUCUAUCGGGUGUCUGGCGUGAAGCACCGGGUGGAGAAGUUGUGUCAGGCCUUUGAGAACGGUGCCAACCUGGUCGACCUCACAGAUCAACACCCCAACGUCAUCGCUAACGUCCUAAAGCUGUACCUUCGUCAGCUACCCGAACCUCUGCUUUCCUUCAGGCUCUACCCGGAGUUCAUCAGAAUCGCCAAGGAAUGUCCUACAGGAGGCGGGGGAGAGUGCGCACGCACGACGGAGGAACUGAAGGAGUUAGUGAGGCGACUGCCUCGCCACCACCUCAACUGCCUCGCCUUGCUCAUGCACCACCUGCACCGUGUCACCUUACACGCUCCUGUCAACAACAUGCCUUCCUCUAACUUAGGUAUUGUCUUCGGCCCCACGUUACUACGGACGUCAGAGGGAUCAGCGUCUCUCAGCUCCCUGGUGGACACAGUACAUCAGACCAGGGCCAUCGAGCUUCUCAUUAUGUUUGCUUACGAAAUCUUCGGCCAACCUGAACAGUACCAGGUACCGUCGGUCACACCAGCCACUCGUACUCACAGACUGGAUGAGGUACUCAAGCACUCUACACCAAGCAGGCAGACGAGUACACACACCAGCAGUAGCAGUAGCAGUAGCAGCAGUAGCGGUGUGGUCAACGUCACCAUCAGCGGGUACAAGCGACCACCACCAGAGUUGGUGGGGCUGGCUGAGGAUGCUGCAUCUUCCAGCAUCACGGCUCAGCAUCACGCUCUCAAGGAGAGGAAAGAUUCCGAUGUAUUAGAUGAGGACUGGGAGCGAGGACACUGGGAGGAUCGUGGACUUGAGGGCGGGGGUGUCAGCCCACGGCCGCCCACGGCACUACCACGCUCAUCCUCCACCCAGGCUAAAAUCUACAAGACGUCGCUCAGGGAUUACGUCGGCCUCGAAGGGGUGGCAUUGCACAUGUCGACGGGGUUGCACACGGCCCAGGAUGCGGUUGACGUGGUACACCAGAGGUUAAGGAAGACCGUGAGUGAUAUUUCUUCUUCCUUGCGGCCUCCGCCUCCACAGGAACUGCCACGGAGAGCCGCCACAGUGGACGAGCCGCCCAGAAGAGGUCCACCGCUGGAAGACACGCCACGCAGGAGUUCGGCUGAAGACAGAAAGCCCAUCGCCACUUCCAACGAUAUCCCAGCCAAAAGACCAGCAGCUCUGGAAGACCCGCAGAGAAGACACCCCGCUGAAGACUCCAGAAGAAAAUCUACUUUAGAGGAAGUUGGUAGGAAACUGACGGUGGAGGAGCCGGCCAGAGGAGAAAUAGACCAGCUAAACCAAACAGAAGAGCGGCAAAGGCAGCCACAGAGCACCUCGGGAGCCAUGCUGGCCAGAGCUCAGGCGCUCUACAAGAGUGCCUCCAAGAGCAGCAUGAGUGAGUCAGAACUCAAGGUUGAUGUGCGACUGCCAGGAGUGACCAAAAGUGGGAGUCGGGAUGGCAGUAGUGUGGAGCAUGGUGGCAGUGGCAGCAGCGGCGGUGGCAGUAGCGGCGGCGGCAGUAGUAGCGGCGGCAGUGGGGGUCCUUCUCCAGGAGGGCGUAAAGUGUCCCCGUACCUGGACCGGCCCAGCUUAGGCCAGCAGAGGUCCGGUCUCACCAGCGGUACAGACUCAUCCGUGGACUCUGACCACAGCUUCGACUAUGGCCUCCAAACACACUCCCUCAUGCCCUCCUCCGCCCACACAUCCACGCCCAUCCCGUCCCCUCGUGGGCGUAGCGAAGUGCUGGUGAGUGGAGCGCCUCGUGGCGUGUGUGUCUCGCGGGAUCCCUCGCUGGAUAACGUGACUUCUUCGGUGACUUCUUCAGACUCCUCCUCACAGGAGCUGGACUCAGCCCACGCUACCGAGGACUCCCACAGCUCAGAAGCUGCCGACGAACCCGACACAGCCCACGCCCGCACCAUCACCUACUCCUCAGGUUGUGGAGGUAGCAGCGGAGGCGAGUCUGGAUACGUUUCGCCCUACCUAAGUGCCGAGCGUUCUGGCUUGGUCACGCUGGGACCGUCCCUGCUGCUCACAAGAUCAACCAUUGCUCAGUACGACACUAAGCGUACCAUCACCACAGUUGUUGCGCCCAGGUCUUCCUUCGAUGAAAACCGCGUCAGAAUACAAGUGCCUGCAGCAGCUGCUGUGGCGGCAGCAGCAGCAGCGGGAGGCGGUGCGAGAGGGCUGCCAACAGCAACAGCAGCAGCAGCAGCAGCAGCAGUCAACACUGGAGCGGAAACGACAGUAACAGUUUCGAGGCCGGAGCAGCAGCAACAGAGUGUAGAGGGGCCAUCAUCUCAGGGCAAAGAGUCACCGCUAUACACUCUGAGGGCAAGCGAAGCUGAAGCGACAGCUGCAAGACGCUUACACGCCGAAACCAGACUACCAGCACCCGCUCGCUCACUCUCUCAGAGCCCCUCUACAGAUGGUCUUCAGGAGCACCCAAGAAAGCCUUCGCCUAACAGGUCUCCGAGGUUCGUGUAGUUGUGUGGUCCACUGGCCACAGACCAUAGCUUCUCUCACCUCGUUGCCAGCACCACACACACACCAGCAUCAUAUACUCAUAUGUUAGUACUCCAGCCAGUGUGUACUCAGAAGUGCUUAGUUACGUACCUUGAGCUCUGUGCGAGGAUCGUUGAUACAGUAGUAUUGUUACUACCCAUUAUGUGGUCACCAGUCGCCCAUGCAAGUAUCAUACCAUGUAGGUAUCUUAUCAUGCAGGUGUCAUACCAUGAAAGAAUCAUACCAGUUGUCAGUUGAUUAUGAAGUUAUCAUCGACACAGUCCGCACGUAGAUAACUUUCACAGUUCUUAUUAGUCAGCAUGGAAGGUGUCAGCAACACGAGGUCCUUAGUGUCAACUUCCACCACAAAGUCGUUAGACAGUGUCAGCCACCAUUACAAGGUUCCCAGACAGCGUCAGCCACCAUUACAAGGUUCCCAGACAGUGUCAACCACCAUUACAAGGUUCACAGAGAGCGUCAGCCACCAUUACAAGGUUCACAGAGAACGUCAGCCACCAUUACAAGGUUCACAGAGAGCGUCAGCCACCAUUACAAGGUUCACAGACAGCGUCCGCCACCAUACAGCAGUGUAGUAACCAGGAUCACAACAUCAGCGUUAAAUAUCACCACCAGUACAUCCAUUCCACACAUCAUUAUCCAAUAUCCUUAAACCGUCACCAGAUGCGUUGUAAACAAGACGGGGCACAGAAUUCCUCACAAGUUACAGCCACUGUCAGUGUGUUUCGUGGGAGAUACAUACAUUCAGAUUACAGAAGUUUAAAAUACAUUAAUUUGUAACAAAUUGUCUUGAACAAAUCUAAUUUAUCAAUGAUUUUUAAGUAACUUCAUUUUUGGCUGCUUACUUGUAUCAAGGGACUUUACUUGCUAACGAUGUUACGAGUGGCAGGUCAAGACGUUAGUAGUGGCAGGUCAAGACAUUAGUAGUGGCAGGUCAAGAUGUUAAUGGUGGCAGGCCAAGAUGUUAAUAGUAGCAGGUAAAGAUGUUAGUAGUGGCAGGUCAAGACGUUAGUAGUGGCAGGUCAAGACGUUAGUGGUGGCAGGUCAAGAUGAUAGUAGUGGCAGGUCAAGACGUUAGUAGUGGCAAGUCAAGACGUUAGUAGUGGCAGGUCAAGAUGAUAGUAGUGGCAGGUCAAGACGUUAGUAGUGAGAGGUCAAGAUGUUAAUGGUGGCAGGUAAAGAUGUUAGUAGUGACAGGUCAAGAGAUGCCAAGACUCUGGCCUCACGUAGACUAACUUAACUCUCCUCAACUGGUCAUAAAUAUCCCACACAAAUGUCUCAGCAUAAAUUAUGAAUAUGUGUUAAUGGCGUUAAUGUGCGUCUCUCUCCAAGGAUACUUCAAUAGCCACCUCUUGUGUAAAUAUUGCAUGUAAUGGCUUACAAAUAUGAGAGAGAGAGAGAGAGAGGAGAGAGAGAGAGAGAGAGAGAGAGAGAGAGAGAGAGAGAGAGAGAGAGAGAGAGAGAGAGAGAGAGAAACAGACAGACAGACAGACAGACAGAGACAGAGAGAGAAAAACAGACGGACAGAGAGAGGAGAGAGAGAGAGAGAGAGAGAGAGAGAGAGAGAGAAACAGAGAGAGAGAGAGAGACAGAGAGAGAGAGAGAGAGAGAGAGAGAGAGAGAAACAGACAGAGAGAGAGAGAC